GAGAUCAGCUGUGCUUCUCUGGCCUCAGCUCUGAAGUCCAACCCCUCCCAUCUGAGACACCUGGACCUGAGUGACAACAACAAGCUGCAGGAUUCAGGAGUGAAGCUGCUGUGUGGUUUUCUGGAGAGUCCACACUGUAGACUGGAGACUCUGAGGUUGAGGGGCUGCAGGUUGUCAGAGAUCAGCUGUGCUUCUCUGGCCUCAGCUCUGAAGUCCAACCCCUCCCAUCUGAGACACCUGGACCUGAGUGAAAACAACCUGCAGGAUUCAGGAGUGAAGGAUCUGUGUGGUUUUCUGCAGAGUCCAGACUGUGGACUGGAGACUCUGAGUUUGAGUCACUGCAGGUUGUCAGAGAUCAGCUGUGCUUCUCUGGCCUCAGCUCUGAAGUCCAACCCCUCCCAUCUGAGACACCUGGACCUGAGUGACAACAACCUGCAGGAUUCAGGAGUGAAAGAUCUGUGUGGUUUUCUGCAGAGUCCAGACUGUGGACUGGAGACUCUGAGGUUGAUUCACUGCAGGUUGUCAGAGAUCAGCUGUACUUCUCUGGCCUCAGCUCUGAAGUCCAACCCCUCCCAUCUGAGACACCUGGACCUGAGUGAAAACAACCUGAGGGAUUCAGGAUUGAAAGAUCUGUGUGGUUUUCUGCAGAGUCCAGACUGUGGACUGGAGACU